AUGGCCCAAAAGAUGUUCAAGCAAGGAAUUAAGCUGCUGGGGGGAGGGCAGACUGCAGUCUUCAUCAUUAGAAGUUUUCUUGAAAGUUUGGUCCAAUUUUUAUCACAAAGGUUUUUUUGCAUGCAGUUUCCUCCAUUAGGGCCAGGGUUGAGGGCCAGGAGGAAGCAGCGCACAUGAUGAAAUCUCCCCUCACUUCAGCUAAAUCCCUCUCCAGUUACCAGAACUAGAAGUGGAAGCUGGGAGUGGAUGGAAUUAUAGCAGUGGGACUUGGAACUGCGUUAGGUUUGUUAUGUGGCUUGGGGCUUUAUUUCAUUGUACUUUAGGCCUGUAUCAAGCUCAAGACCUGCAGAGAAGAAGGUUUAUUUUUCGGUAGUUCUUUGCAGGCCAGUAAAAAAAAAUACUUUUUACCAAGUGCACUAAUUGAAACUGUAAAACUACAUAUAAAGUAGACUACAUUGAAGAAAAUAAAAAAGAAAUAAUAAAACAAGACUCCACUAAUUACAACUAUAUUGUAACUACAUAAAUAAACUAACAAUUUCCUAUUUGCCAGAAUAUAAUUAUAAAAAAUCCAUUACAUCUUCCUCUUCUAAGUUAUUUAGAAAACACAAAUAUUUAACUGCUAUCAUUUUAGCUAUGUUGAAUAUUUUACUUAUUUAUGGAUUUUAUUAGCCAUUGAAGACUAAGUAUUCUUCUGCUUCCCAGUUUUUUAAUACACUGAUUGAUCUCAAUUCUUCUUUAAAAUAGCUUUUGUUUGAUGAGUCAGUUUAUCCAUCUCUACCAAGUUGUAUAAUUUCAUUAGCUACAUUCUCCUUCAUUUCCUCUCAUUCUGAUUGUCCCAUAGUCAUAGAAGAAAUAAACUGAUUUCAACACACAUGCUUUUUAAUGCAUUUACUCUUAAAAUGUUAACAUUUUCUAUGUUUAUCUGAUUUUAAUGGUUAAUUGUGUUGUGUAUUGUUUGAUUUUUACUGCGGCAUUGAAUAUUUACCAAAAUUGGAAGCUGCUGUGAGUCCCCCCUGGGGUGAGAAAAAGGGGGGAGAAAUAAAGUUAAGUGAAGCUGAUGAUGAUGAUGAUGAUAUAGAGGAGGAGCAUGUGACAAAGAUUUAUUAUUGCAGUCGAACACAUUCUCAGCUGGCGCAGUUUGUGCAUGAAGUUCAGAAGAGUCCAUUUGGCAAGGAGAUACGGCUGGCGUCCUUGGGCUCUCGACAGAACCUGUGUGUGAAUGAAGAGGUGCGGCGCAUGGGAGCUGUCCAGCUCAUCAAUGAUCGUUGUAUGGAGAUGCAAAAGAAUAAACACGAAAAGAAGAGUACAGGAGAAGAAACUGAAAAGAAGAAAACGAGAGUAAGCCGGACAGUGUGUCCAUUUUACUCCUAUGAGCACAUGCAGUUUCUUCGGGAUGAAGUUUUAGUCCAGGUCAAAGAUAUAGAGCAGCUGGUGACUCUGGGGAAGGAAAUGAAGGCCUGCCCUUACUAUGGAAGCCGACACGCCAUCCCAGCUGCUCAGCUGGUGGUAUUGCCAUAUCAAAUGCUUCUGCACGAUGCUACUAGAAAUGCAUCUGGCAUCAAGCUGAAAGAUCAGGUUGUGAUAAUUGAUGAAGCCCACAAUCUAAUUGAUACCAUCACCUGCAUCUACAGUGCUCAAGUUAGUGGGUCUCAGCUCUGCUGUGCUCAUUCUCAGCUGUUGCAGUACAUGGAACGAUAUAGGAAACGCUUGAAAGCAAAGAACCUGAUGUAUAUUAAACAGAUUCUAUUUUUGCUGGAGAGAUUUGUUAUUGUUUUAGGAGGAAAUGUAAAUCAAAAUCCCAAGACACAGAAUAUCUCAGAGGCAGGAGUGGAGCUGAAAUCUAUCAACGACUUCCUCUUCCUGUGUCAGAUUGACAAUAUCAACCUCUUCAAAGUUCAGCACUACUGUGAGAAAAGUCUCAUCAGCCGGAAGCUAUUUGGGUUUGUCGAGAGAUAUGGAGCGGCUGGAGCAGUGAAAAUAAGGAAGGCAGACCAGAAGAUGUCUGGCUUGCAGAAUUUCCUGGAAACGUUGAAUAAGAGGCAAGGGGAGGAAGGCAUUCCACAAGAUUCCUCUGAAGAGGCUGAGGAUGACCAGCCCAAAAUGGCAUCUCCUCUGAUGCACAUCGAGGGGUUUCUAGCUGCCCUGACAAAUGCGAACCAAGAUGGAAGAGUAAUCCUCUCCAGGCAAGGCACUCUAGCUCUCAGCAGCCUCAAGUUUCUUCUUCUGAAUCCAGCAGUGCACUUUGCCAAAGUGCUGAAGGAAUGUCGGGCUGUGAUCAUCGCCGGGGGCACCAUGCAACCUAUUGCUGAUUUCCGGGAACAGCUGCUCCAAAGCGCAGGUGCCAGUGCUGACAGGAUUGAAGAGUUCUCCUGUGGUCAUGUGAUUCCCCCAGACAACAUUUUACCCAUCAUCCUCUGCAGUGGUCCAUCCAAUCAGCAGCUGGACUUCACCUAUGAGAAGAGAGGCCUGCCUCAGAUGAUGGAGGAGACAGGCAGGAUUCUUUGCAACUUGUGCAACAUUGUCCCUGGUGGGAUGGUGUGCUUCUUCCCUUCCUAUGAAUAUGAGAAGCAAGUGUACAUGCACUGGGGCAAGACAGGGCUGCUAACUCAACUGGCUGCAAAGAAAAAGAUUUUUCAAGAACCAAAGAGAGCUAACCAAGUGGAGCAGGUGCUGGCUGAGUAUGCCAAGUGCAUCAAGCGUUGCAACCAAACAGGGGGGCCCAUGACAGGUGCACUGCUGUUUUCAGUAGUUGGUGGGAAGAUGAGUGAAGGAAUCAAUUUCUCUGAUGAUCUGGGAAGGUGUGUGAUCAUGGUGGGCAUGCCCUAUCCCAACAUCAAGUCUCCAGAACUUCAAGAGAAAAUCGCAUACCUUAAUAAGACAAUGCCCAAAGCAGCAGGCCAGGCCCCAGGCAGGAUGCUCAUUGACAACUUGUGCAUGAAAGCAGUCAACCAGUCAAUAGGGAGAGCCAUUCGACAUCAAAAGGACUUUGCUAGUAUUGUGCUCUUAGAUCACAGGUAUUCACGCCCAGCUAUUUUCAACAAGCUGCCCCAGUGGAUUAAAAGCCAAACUCAGGUCAAGGCUGGUUUUGGGCCAGCAUUUGCAGCACUAAGAAAGUUCCAUUGGGAGAAAAAAUCAAAUGGCGAAGCUGUAUCUUCUUGAUGGUAACGGAUUUAGAUUACCACGUGGUUUAUUGUUGAUAAUGUGUACAUAUUUUUCCAUUCUAAUAAUUACAAUUUUUUUUCACAUCUUUUGUUCACAGAGCAUUUUUUCCAUUUACAAUGAGCAGAGGUGGGGAGGCUGUGGCUCUCCAGAUGUUGUUGGAUUGUUAGCCCUAGCAUAGCUUUUGCUUUUUGCACCAUUUGUAGUCUAAGUCUCUCUUUCAAUCCUGAAUGUGUCUUGUUUGAAAGUCCAAGGGAGACAUUUACCUUCAGGAUCAGAACAGGUCAUUGCAGAUUAUUCCAGAAGGGGUUUAGGCCUCCCCCCUCCCCAACUGUAAAGGCCUCCACAUUAUUAACCUUUUCUCUUUCAAACAGCUUUGUAAGCAAGAAGAACCCAUUAAAUGUGGCCAGCUAAAACAUGCAAGGGAAAAAAUGAGUACAACUCAUGAUUUGCCAAAAGGACACUCAUUGAGGGUCUGUGUAGCAUUUGAACACCAGGCCUGGCUGCUAAGAAGUGUAAUAAAUCCUUUUACCAAAGGGAUGCUUAGCUUCAGCUUAUUUAUCUGAACUUUAAGCAAAAAUUCCUCUUGACAGAAGAACAAGCCAGGUCUAUGGUUGUAUUUCAUCCAGAUGAGCUUCCUGCCAGGAUGGAGGUAAGGGGCUAAAACCUUUGAGGCACUAUUUUGAUUUUUCCAGCCUCCCAAAAGUUUAAGUGGCCACAAUGUUAUGCAACAACUUGUACACAAGCAAAGAUGCCACACUACAAAAUAUUUUCCAGGAGUGAUCAAAAUGAUAUAUAUGCAUGACUCUAAUACACAUUUUUGAAGAGCUCUAUGCACAUGACCAAGAUUCUUAGCCCAGACAAGUUUCCUGAGAUGUACCCAAAACUGCAUUUGACAUUUGGGUUUGCAGAUCAAGUGUGUGCUGCCUUAAUAUAAUGAAGCAGCUAGGGAUCCUUACAGCUAAUGCCUCAAGCAAAAAGCAUCUUCUACAUUUGUAGAACAGAUAAUUGAGAGACAGAGUCUUCCUUUAUAUGACAAACGUGUCCCACGUUUGUCAUAUAAAGGGCAGGUGAGAUAAAUGAAAAUCCAGGUGGGUUACUGUACUGGCAAACGACAUGCCUGGGGUGCCACUUUUCAAAUUGGCCAGGGGCUUGCAUGCAACCUGUUAUGUGGGGUUUUUAAAAGUUUUACAAAUCAAAUGCUCUAAAAUUUGGUAACCUAUGUGUAGACCAGAUUAAAUAUUAGUAAUUAAAAUUAAAUAUUGAAUUUAUUAAUGUUUUUCUUCCACUCAGAAGCUAGAGUCCUGUUUGUGCACCAUGCCAAUGAAGGCAGGAGAAAAAAAAUCUACCAAGAAAAAAACUUUCCUAGCAGCUGCGAAGGAAAUCAGGCAUUUGACAGCCAAGCUACUUGGAGUAGGCAGAUUCAAACUGGUAUCCUAUUAGUGACAUACAUAGGUUUAAUUUGUACUAUACAUGCAACAUAACAUUUUUUAGACAAGCACAAUCGUCAUUGCUAAUUGAUAGUAGCAUCAUCGGACUUCCAAAUGUGGAACCUUUGCACAUGUGUAGCGCAUUGAGAUGCACAGAGUUGCAUGUAAAUGAGCAUUGCCUCUGCUUUGCUUUUGUGCACUGCAAUUGUUAGCCAUGUGUGCUUACCAUUGAUCCAUAUAUGGUGUGCUAUAUUUGCAUUCAUUAUAGGGGCUGCUUAACUUAAAUCCAUCAGCACUACGAUGAUGAGCCACAGUUGGCCUUCUCUUGCCUCUUCCAUUUGUUUCUGGAGAAAAUGCAAUGAUUGACAUAAUGCCCCAAAAGGAUGUUAGCUGUUAUUAAUAUAAUACCCCCUUACUCAUUAUUGUUUAAGGUGUAUACAAAUGAAUCUUAAUAGCUGUGUGCCUUCCAGUCAUUUCUAAUAUAUGGUGACCCUAUUGUGAUGUUUUCUUGGCAGAAUUGGUUCAGAAGAGGUUUGUCCUUACCUUCUUCUGAGACGGAGAGUGCGUAACUAGCCCAAAGUCUUGCAGUGGGUUUCCACAGUUGAGCAGGAAUUGAACCUUCAAAUGUACUUAAAUUUUAAUGGGCUAUUAUAAUAUUAAACUAAAGGCACCUAGGGGUUUCUUGCUAAACUGAGGUGGCUAGUAACAAUAUGGUUUUUAAAAAAGGAGAGAAGCUAAAAAGGGUUGGAACGUGAUAUAUAGCACUUUUCCUGACUUUGCAGACGUCACCUUCAGUUAACUCCUGCUUUCCCUUAAUGAGCUAAAGCUGGCUGAAGUAGGUGGUUCCUGAGAAAAUCGUCUAAGCUAUAGGCCUAGUUUCCCCCCUUAGGAGAAUUUGACACACACAACACCUCAGAAGUUUACAUUUAUUAAGAGGUACUUUUAAUUAGUCAGCUACUCACAUGUGCAAGGCAAAUAGUUUUACUUGCUGAGCUAGUUCUACAUGGAAAGGAAAUAGGGGAGUUAAGUGAUGUAAGUGUCUCUCCCAAUCUUACUUGCCUGUCUGUACCUGGAACUCAGGUCUCUCCCUUCCAAAUCUCUAUCCUAGCAAAACAGUCCCAGGAUGAGUCCUACUGCAGGAGGCAAGGACUGCCUCCAUGAAUUGUGAGUGUCACAUCAUACUUGACCAGGGGCUUUUCACCCAAGAAGAGAAUUGGCUUUGAUCGUCAGUGAGCACCAGCUGCCCAGCAGCAGAUUUGGCAGCAUAUACAAGGAGGAGAUAAUUCACACUGGAAGACUGGUGGGCAGCAGAGGAGGCAAAUUGAAUAGUAAUAAUAUCCACUAAUGAGCAUACAUUGCAGGAGUGGGAAACAAGCCAGAAUGGAAAGAAAGAGACUGCACAAGAUGGUCUCUGUGUUACAUGAGGGUUCCCUCUUUCUGAGAUGCCUCUUUUUCAGUCCAGUGGCUGCCACAUGUUGGCAACGCUGAAGCAGUUCUCUGCCAAAGGAAGGCAGCCGUCUAGGACUCCCAGUCAUCUUCAUUGUCUUCGCCAGCUGGCUGCUGCGGGGGAGGCAGAGGCGGGAUAGUGUCCGAUAUGCGGCCAAAGGCACCAGCGGGCAAGUUAGGAGCAUUGCUGUCCCCUCCAGCUGCAGGCCCUUUGCCAGAGAUGCCUGUGAAAUAGCAGGAGCAAGCACCUUGUUAAUGCAAAGCAAGAGCCAUCCUCCCCCUCAAGAUAUGUAAUGCAGAAGCCUGCAUGGCUGAAAUCUAGGGGCUUUGGAUCGAGAUCCCAUUAGCCUUGGAAAGCAGGAAAGUGCUUGUUUGCUAAGGCAAUCAGCAUUUGGGAAGGAACAAAUGCAAUGAAGUGCACAUUUACCCUCAAAGUUAAAUAUCAAAAUGAAAUGGCAGAUGUCAGAGAAAUUGUUGUGCUCAAACACUGUUUUUAAAAAGCAGGUAAACUUAUAAGUUCAAAAAUAUUUGGAGCCCAGGGGUCAGAAGAUGAAACCUUAUUUUUAAUACAUUGAGCCCAAUAAAAACAUUGGCUUUUAUAGAGUUCUGAGCCAAGCUCAGUAAAGACAUAAGGCAGGGUUAGGCAACUUCAGAAUCUCCACGUUCCUUCAAAACUCAUCAACAUGCCAUAUCAGUAAAAUAAGUAACAAUAAUGAUAAUAUAAUAAAACCAAAGCUAGAAAUAACUGGAAAUCUACAUCAAAAUAGACUUCUUUCUGAUGUUGGGUAGAGAUUGGGGGCCUGGCCCUGUUCUAUUAGAAAACUAUAUAGGCCUAAGAUGCCUCUAUGAUUGGGAAAAUACUUUUAAAUAUAUUGUUGCACAAAAAAGAAGAAAAGAAAAGAUAGAUUAUGUGUGGGUGUCUUUUGGAAGCUUAACAUUUUAUUUGAAGGCCACAUGCAGCCCACCAGCAACACUGAAGAGAGAGAAGAGGGCUUCUGGGAUCUUUAGAGGGCACUAUAAUCAGGCCAGAAUGAAACCCUACAACAAAGCAAUUUCACCCCAUUACUUGGCUGUGACCCAGCAAAACUGGUGUCUUCAGUCCCUUGUGCAAAGGCCAAGGACUUGUCCACCCUUUGCUCCAUCACCAAGGAAAUAAGAUCAACCCUUCCCUUGUUCCACUAUCCAAACAUUCUCCCAUUGUUACAAUACGUUCCACAGUAAGUCUCAAAAUAGUUGGAGUUUACCUUUGCGUCUGAGGACCAAUUUGUUGAAGAGAUCUGACAUAAGGUCCCCACCUUGCCCUGUGCUGACUGGAAGAAAGACAAAACCAAACCACAAACAUCCAAUCAGAAAUGGAAGACACAAAAAGCUCAGAAUAUUAAGGGGCAGGCUUUGGCGCAGCUGGCUAGUAACCAGCUGCAAUAAAUCACUACUGACUGAGAGGUCAUGAGUUCAAAGCCCGGGUUGGGUUAAGCCCCCGACCAUUAAAUAGCUCGGUUUGCUGUUUACCUAAGCAGUCCGAAAGACAGUUGCAUCUGUCAAGUAGAAAUUUAGAUAUGCUUUAUGCAGGAGGCUAAUUUAAUUAAUUUACAACACCAUAAAACUGCCAGCAACUUGUGGAAAGGAAUGAGGAAGUACAGUACUUGGUGUCACUAGUGGAUGAUGAAGCAACAGCUCCCCCUGUGACCGGAAUCGAGCAUACCCUCAUGAAGCUGGAAAUGUUAAAAAAAUUACCUCUGUGUGUCUAUACUGUAUGUUGUUUGUCUGAUGGAAUUGAAUGUUUGCCAUAUAUAUGUUUAUUGUAAUCCACCCUGAGUCCCCUUCGGGGUGGCAGAAGUAUUAUUUAUUUAUUUACAGUAUUUAUAUUCCGCCCUUCUCACCCCGAAGGGGACUCGGGGCAGAUUACAAUGAACAUACAUAUAGCAAACAUUCAAUGCCAUCAGAUGCAGCCUCCAGUGGCCUAGGGGAUAAAAGCCUUGUGACUUGAAGAUUGGGUUGGUGACCUGAAGGCUCUGCCAGGUUCGAAUCCCACCCGGGGAGAGCGCUGAUGAGCUCCCUCUAUCAGCUCCAGCUCCAUGCGGGGAUAUGAGAAGCCUCCCACAAGGAUGGCAAAACAUCUGGGUGUCCCCUGGGCAACAUCCUUGCAGAGGGCCAAUUCUCUCCAGAAGCAAUUCCGGUUGCUCCUGACACGAAAAAAAAAAAUGCCAUCAGACAAACAACAUCUGAGGGAAAGAUAGUAAUGCAGAGAUUGGAAACACAUAGUCCUCCAUAUACUGUCAAACAACAUUCCUGACCACAGGCCAUGCUGAUCUCAUUAGGGCUGAUGAGAAUGGAGAGUCUAAGAAAAGCUGAAGAGCAGUUUUUUUCAGUUCCGCAUUAAUGCUUUCCUGCAGCCAUAGGUUAAAUGUGGUGUUUGCUUAGUAUAUUCAGGAACUAGUGAGGAACAGAGCUUGUCCCAAUUCAAGGUACAGACCAUCACUUGUAAAGCCCUAAACGGUUUGGGACCCACCUACCUUCGUGACCGUAUCUCCUAUCAUAAACCUGCCCGAUCCCUUCGAUCGUCAGGGGAGGCUCUCCUGUCACCACUGCCAAUAUCUCAGGCCCGCCUUGUGGGAACAAGGGAGAGGGCCUUCUCUGCUGUGGCCCCCCGAUUGUGGAACUCACUGCCCGGUGAGAUUAGGCAAGCCCCCACACUAGCAGCCUUUAAGAAAGACCUGAAAACAUGGCUCUUCUGUUGUGCCUUUGGAGAGUAAUCACUACAUACAUCCCUUUUGCUGCUCUCCUUCAAUAUUUGUCCUCCAGAUCGCACCGCCACUUUAUGACCCUGUCCUCUGUGGUUUUUACUCCUACUUCCUUUCUCACCUCGAGUUUUAAUCUAGUGUUCAUGUGGCCCGCCCUUGGUUUUAUUGUUCUUUGAUCUUGUUUAAUGUAGUGUAUAUUUUCUUUUAUUGUGUUGUUUAAUGUGCUAUGAUUUGUUGUUCUAUUAUAUUUUGUUAUAUUGUAUUGUUCUGGGCAUGGCCCCAUGUAAGCCGCCCCGAGUCCCCGUUGGGGAGAUGGUGGCGGGGUAUAAAUAAAGAUUAUUAUUAUUAUUAUUA